CAUCACCCGGCAGUGCGGAUGCGCGCAUACGUCUGACGGUCUUGCGCAGCCUUCCAGGCCUCUUAUCCUUAUUCCAUGCGAUAGCCUGCCGCUGGAAAGCAGGUUCCCGACAACAUGUUCCGACUACCACACAUAACCCUAGCACUCCCUGUUCUUCAUGCCGGGAUUUCGUUUGCCCAGCAGUAUCCGCUCCCCGUAACCUACGAUGCCGUUAUCAAAUCGCCCGUGGACCCCAGCAUCACCAUUUCCUACAGACAUCCUGACGUCGGUACAUGUGCUACGUCCUCUGACCGGCAGAAGCAGUAUACGGGCUACAUCAAUCUUCCUCCGUCCUCACUAGCACCGGCUCAGCAAGACUACCCCAUCAACACGCUUUUCUGGUUCGUCGAGGCACAGAAUAGCCCAGAGACUGCGCCACUGACAAUAUGGCUGAACGGCGGACCGGGACAGUCUAGCAUGGUUGGUCUCUUUACUGAAGUGGGACCAUGCGAGGUCGUUCAGGGGCCCAAUAGCAGCUAUGUUACACAGCCCAGGCCUUGGAGUUGGGACCGCAGUUCAAACAUGCUCUUCAUCGACCAGCCAACUCAGACUGGCUUCUCCUACGACACGCGCGUGAAUGCGUCGGUGGACUUUAACUCAGAUGACCCUACUGCUUUGGAAAACCGCAAGCCGCCUUCACCCCUUCCGGAUGGUGUACCAGCGUGGCGUUUUAAAAACGGCACCUUUGCCUCUGGACAGACGACGAACACGGAGCAUUUGACUGCCAUUGCCGCAAAGUCAGCCUGGCAUUUCCUCCAAGGCUUCCUCUCUACUUUUCCCCAGUACAACCCCGGGAAGCGCCCCGGCCGCGAUACAGUCGAGUCUGCUGCCAUCCAUCUCUUUGCCGAGAGUUACGGCGGCAUGUACGGUCCUAUUUUUGCCAAUUUUUUCGAAGAGCAGAAUGAGCGACGAAAGGCCGGAACGAUAUCGAGCAGUGCAUUGGAAAUCCAUCUUGGCUCUGUGGGUGUUGUAGAUGGCAUCUUGGAUAUUGUCGUCACAAUCACGUCUGCUCUCGACUUUGCCCACAACAAUACCUAUGGCAUUGAAGGCAUCGACUUUGCCGUACACCAGAGUGCUAUAGCCGCCAUCAAUGCAGAAAACGGUUGCAGGGAUCUCACAGAACAAUGCCGUGUUCUUGCCGCUAAGAAUGAUCCUGACAAUCUCGGUAACGAUGAAAAUACCAACAACCUUUGUGCAGCUGCACUGUAUGCUUGCCAAAUAGGUGCUGGUCCUGCCCUUGGUAUCUUUCGCAGCGCCUUCGAUUGGCGAGUGGAGCCUCAAGUUGGGCCAAGCGCUGCCUACGUCGAAUAUCUCAACGAGGCCAACGUCCUCCAGUCCAUCGGCGCUCCAGUCAAUUUCACCUCGGACACCAGUGCGCCCCUGACUGCCAUGUAUUCUAUUGGAGAUGCUGCCCGUGGAACUCAACUGGCGUCUUUGGCGCGCCUGCUCGAUCGCGGGAUCAAGGUAGCCCUGAUGUAUGGAGAUGCUGAUCUCAUAGGAAACUGGUAUGGGGGCCAGAACGGCUCACUUGAGCUUGCUCGCCUUGUCCCGGGAUACGAUACCGCCUUCCCAGCAGCCGGCUAUGCCGAGAUCAUGGUCAACGAGUCUUAUGUCGGCGGGGCCGUUCGUCAACACGGCAACCUAUCCUUCUCACGAAUCUACGACGCAGGCCACCAGGUCCCUCAGUACCAACCGGAAACCGCAUUUACCGUGUUCAACCGCGUUAUCCAUGGCAAAGACAUCAGCACAGGCCGCAAUGUCGACUUAUCAUCGUUUAGCACAAAAGGACCCAAAACGUCUGAUCAUAUGAAUGUCGUGCCACCCCAACCAGAGACAUUCUGUUGGAUCCGCCAGUCUUCGACCUGUACCGACGAGCAAAAUGCUGCUAUCCGCAAGGGACAGGGCACUGUUCAGGCAGGCAUAUGGACGCCCACAAACGACAAUACCAAACCAGGCGUCGUCGCCCUUCCAGCAAUGCAGGAGACAUCAGGAAGUCCCUCGCUCCAGCCAAACCUCCUCUUCCGCCUCCUGCGCCACGCCGUCCCUGAAACAACGGAAGACGACGGGGACGACAAUAGAAUCCGGAACGGAUUGAUCGGGGGACUUUGUGCGGCUGUUGCUUUGCUGCUGUGAGUAAUACUGCAGCAAGAUCCCUGAACACUCUAGAUUUAUGAUGUUACUUUAUGCUAUAUUUUCUUCCUCCAAACCCCAACAUACAC